CAAGCCUUGAUAACAACUGCAAUACGACGUUUGCACUCCCUCCCUCGAAUGCCUGCAUAAUGUCUGGCUGUUUGUGUUUCUCGUCUGAUCUGACCCUGCACCGUCACACCAAUUUGGUUACUAAAAAUCGCAUGAAAUCGAAGCUGACCUUCAGCCUUGCGUACUCAUUAGCAAACCAUGGAUCACACCGAAGAGCCGGGAGAUAGAGCAGACAGUGGGGUUGGUGACAUCAUCUGCGAUUGGUCUCAGACUGGUAGAGGUUUCCAUGUCGAUUUUGGGUCUGAGGAGGCGGUGCCAUUGGAAGAGGGUCGUUUCCUGGGUAGAGGAGCCGCUGGAUAUGUUCACGAAACUACCAUUAGAGACAAGAAACUGGCCUGGAAAAGGAUCCCGUUUAGACGCAAGAUUGGCAAAGCGGAAAGGAAAGAGAUUGACAUUUUGAAGAAGGUCUCUCAUGUCCACAUGAUUCAACUCGUUGGCACAUACACCCAUAACCGGUUUCUUGGGAUUCUGAUGUACCCAGUAGCAGUGUGCGAUCUGCAUACCUUCUUCGAAGAUGUCGAGGCACAUUGGACUGAGGGGACUACUGAUGCAGUUCAGCAAGCACGACUUGAAGCUCUCGCUUACGUUUCCAAUCCAGAAUCGAAAGCCCUACCUAUCUUCACCAAGGUUGGAUGCCUCGUCUCAGCGAUUGCGUACUUGCAUGCCAAUAAGAUAAGACAUAAAGAUCUUAAGCCUUCGAACAUUCUUUUGUCUCGGGAUCACCUUUGGUUGAGCGAUUUUGGCAGCGCUACGGACUUCUCGUUACUAUCUCAAAGCGCAACCGACAAUGAACGUGGAACGCCGCGGUAUUGGGCUCCUGAAAUGGCGGAAUGGAAACCUAGUGGGCGUGCCGCUGACAUCUUCUCUCUCGGCUGUGUGCUCCUGGAGGUUUUUGUAUUACAAGAGAAAGGCACAUUGCUGCAUUUGAGACAACGCCGAUCAAGAAGGAACCCACUAUUCCAUGCAAACCUCGAUCGAAUCGACGAAUGGGUCAGCAUCGUUGAAACACCUGAUGCUAGACAAAAUCACUUUGUAUGGGAGAUCCGAGCUAUGCUCUCAUCAGAGCCAAAAGACCGUCCUCUUGCAGCAGAUGUACUUGCAAGACUCAAGAUAUGCGAUGACUGGGCAAAACCUUCUAUCUUCGGCGCUUGUUGUAAGACGACAUACGUCACUUCUCAGCAGCACCAAGAAGAUAUGUCCGAGUUGGUGGAAGAGAACGAAAAUCUGAGGGUGAAGCUUUACAACGCGGCUAUAGAGCACCAAGAAGUGUUAUCAACUUUGAUCAAAACACAUGAAGAGGAAACGAAGCAGCUCAAGGAACGAUAUGCACAUAAGGGUAAUAAGGGUCGUAAAGCACGCCGUGUCAAGGAGCGUCUAGCGAAUGAGCAAUCUAGUUCAGCCGAUCCAGUGCUCAGACCCUUGAAUGAACUUGACGAGGCAGGCAUCAGCAGUCAAUCAAUGACCACCAACGACCCGUCUGAAGAUCACCCAGGAGUCCUCGACAACGGCCAGGCUCGCACGCCAACAACACAUAUCACAGAACAGCUCCCACGGUCAGCUACUGACACGCUUAUAGCACUAUCGACAAGGCCCCCCUGGUAUAGGGUUGAUGAUACCGAGUACUAGGAGGUAGAUUCCCAAGUAACAGAAACGUACUCUCCUAUACAGAGAAAUUUUCUCUUAUGAUAAGGAAAAUACCUAAUGAUAUAGAAGGAUAAAAAACUAGUUACCUGGACUUUUUAGUUAUUGUAAACGUUUCAGUAAAUUUACUUGUAACUUUUUAUUAUUUUGACCAUAAAAAAUAUUCACAAU